UUCCAUGUUGCUCUGCUCUUUUCCAUUAUUUAAUUUUUCUGUCCAUCUGUUGUCACUUGGUCUUUCCUGUUAAGCUAUUGGACGUGAAUUAUUUUAUGCGUUUUGUUGCCUUUAUUAGCAAAAAGCUAAUGCUAAAUGUUGCUGAGAUUUCUUUAUUAUUAUUAUUUUUUAUUAAUGGUUAUGCUCUUUUGUUGUAUGUUUUGAGUUCCUGUUCUAAUAAUGUUUGCUUGAAAUGAUGUUCAGAUUCUGAUCUGGUGUUGGACAGGGACAAGCUGAAGUUCUGUUUGCUGACUCAGAUGUAUGGACAUUCAUAAAUAAAUCCAGUGGGGAGCUUGGUGUUUUGGUUCCAACGGAGCUUUAGUCCUUCUAAUUUUUGGGUAACUUUUGUCAAAGUAGACGUGAUUAUUCCAUCCCGUACCAGUGUGUUUUCUGUUAUUUAUGAUAGGAAGGCCUUGUCUAGUGUAAUAAUUGAUCAUCUUCAGUCUUAAUAGAAUUUUGCUUGUUGGUUCUCAUAGUUUUUUAGUUUGAUUGACCCUGAUUUCAUGAUUAAAUACUGUAUGUUUCACAAGUUAACGAACAGAACUUUUAUUUUUAGCUAAUUUAACACUCCAUAGUAUUUCACUGUGUGAAGAAUGUUAUAUAAUUGUGGAACUGUAGUCAGUUUCCUGUGUUCAGUAGAAUCCAUACUGGACUUGGAAGAGAAAUAUAUCAGCCCCAAGUUAUUUGUUUGUUUGUUUGUUUAUUUUUAACCAGCCACCACUGAUUAUUGGACAUAAUGGCAAUAUAGUCCAAUUCAGUAAUUGUAUUAAAAAUACAUGAAUAUUUCUACAUAAUACAUCAUUGAAUUGCAUGUGCACUGCGCAGUAUGAAUAAUGAACCACCACACACUGUAUGUCAAUGAACCUGUUUUUAAUUGGGCAGGUGUAAAGAGAAAGAGAAGAGCUGGUAGAACGAGCUCGUAGUUAGCACACCAUAUGGUCUGUGACGUAACAUCAACGACGACAUUGCCUCUGUGCGUGCGCGUCGGUUAGUGUGUGUGUGUGUGAAGAGCGCGCGCAGCUACACAUUAGAUCCUUACUGACCCACAAACACCGUGUGACAUCACACGUUCCCCGCUCGCAGCCUCGCGCGACGAAGAAGGACAACAACAUACAUUAUUUAUUAAAAAUAAAAAUAAAAUACCUAAACGAUGAACGCCGUGACCACCGCAGCCUGCCUGCUCGUCGCUGCCGUCAGCUACUACCUCUACGGCGGCAGCGACGUGCUGUCAUCGCUGCUCGGUGUCUUUUCUGCAGACGAACCCUCCAUGCCCGAGCCGGGAGAUGCUCCGCGGCGAAGCCCGCAGGGAGUUCCCUACACCGAGCUGCGCCACAUCGUCAACGCCGACGGACUGCACCUGUUCUGCCGCUACUGGGAGCCCGCAAGUCCGCCAAGGGCUCUGGUGUUUAUUGCUCAUGGAGCUGGAGAACACAGUGGGCCAUAUGAAGAAAUUGCACAGAGACUGAAAGAACGGUCCCUGCUGGUGUUUGCUCAUGACCACGUUGGCCAUGGUCAGAGUGAAGGAGAGAGGAUGAACAUCAGGGACUUUCAGAUUUACAUCAGGGAUUCCCUGCAGCACAUUGACCUCAUGAAGUCCCACCGCCCGAAUCUUCCUGUCUUUAUUGUGGGCCACUCCAUGGGUGGUGCUAUCUCCAUCCUCACUGCCUGUGAAAGACCCAGUGAUUUCACUGGAGUGGUCCUGAUAGGCCCGAUGGUCCAGAUGAACCCAGAGUCUGCGACGCCCUUUAAGGUUUUCGUGGCGAAGCUCCUCAACCACAUGCUGCCGAGCCUCACCCUGGGAUCCAUCGAGUCCAAAUGGGUCUCACGGGACGAAACACAGGUGGAGGCAUAUGACAACGACGAGCUGAACUACCACGGCAGGUUACGGGUGUCGUUUGGCAUCCAGCUGAUGGCGGCGGCCGAGAGGAUCGAGAGGGAGAUCCCAUCCAUCAGCUGGCCCUUCCUGCUCCUCCACGGCGACGCUGACAAGCUCUGUGACAUCCGAGGCUCCAAGAUGAUGUUCGAGAAAGCUCCAAGUUCAGAUAAGAAACUGACGAUCAUUGAAGGAGGAUACCACGCUCUCCAUCACGACCUCCCUGAAGUGGCCGAGACUGUGCUGAAGGACGUGACGAGCUGGAUCACAGAUCGCCUCCCUCCAGCAUCGACGCCACCGCAGCAAGGCUCGUAGAUCUCCAACGUAAAAAACAGAAAAAAGAAAAAAAAAAAAAAAUGAACUCAGUCAGCGCUCCAAGGAGACUCCCCAAACCGUAUCCCGCCAGGCGUACAUCCUUUCCCAAAGCCAUGUGAGGCGUAAACACUUCUUUACUGUCCAAGGGAGGCGUUUGCACUCACUGAUCUGACGUCGCGUUCUCUGUCUGAAGGGUUUACUAACAUCAUUUUCCAUCUUCUUUAAGAGGAUGAUGCCGUCACAAACUUUGAUCCUAGAAACUCAGCAAAAAUAAAAAAUAAAAACAUUUCCGAGCAGAAUCUACAAUCAGGGAUGUGCCUCAUGCGG